GCAACCGCUACGAUGGCACUUCCUUCGCAACCCUUCACCUGCCUUUUGGGACAGGUGAAGAGUCCUCGCGAUGGACCUUCAGGUUCACCUCCAGCCGAACCCCUUACGGCUCUUUUCGACAAUAUCAACACCCAUCUCAUGAUGGAUUCCGACUCAGCCCUGGACUCCGAGAUUGAAGUCGACGUGGUCAUAGUCGGCGCUGGCCUAAGCGGCUUAAGAGCAGCUGUCGAGUUGCACAAAGCAGGCCUCACAGUCGCUAUCCUCGAAGCGAGCAACCAUGUCGGUGGUGGUUGUCACGCAGAUUCCACUCCUGUUACAGCCAGGAUCACGUCCAUAGGCGACACCCACACCGAGAUGCUCUCCCUGGCCAAGGACUUCAAGAUCGACCUCAUCAAGCAGCACAGAGAGGGACUGAGCCUCCAACAGCGCUAUGACUUUUUUAAAGACAGCCCCCAAGUUUCCGAAACUAUCCCGGCGCUUGAAACCGCCGUCUGGCCACCUCAAGAGUACCAACUUUCCUUCAGGUCACUGAUCGAAGACCCCGCAAUCCAAAAGUUCUACCGCCGCAUCUCCGAUCUCUCUGAAACCUGGCAUGGCCCCGACGCCUUGUUUCUCGAUGCGGUCUCCUUCCUUGAGCUCGUGGAAGCUAAUUUCUUCCACAGCAAGGCGGUCCAACAGGAAGCCCACUUUCUCACCAGUUAUCUCCUCGGCAUUACCCCCGCCUGUGUCUCGGCUCUCUACGUCCUCGACCACAUCGCCUCCGGCGGCGGGCUUGCCAACCUCUACUUCCACCCUGACUCACCUGGAGGCGGCGCUCACCAUUUCUGCGUCCCACAGGGACAGCAAGCGUUCAUCGCCAACUUAGUUGGCCUUCUUCCCGAGGGAUCCAUCCAUCUCUCCACCAUGGUGACCAAAAUUACCCAGCAAACCACCCCCAUCAGCAAAAUUUACUACCCCCCUCACCCAUGCAAAGUCGAAACUUCACCUCCCUCCGGUACCGACUCCACCGCGAGCACCACCGCGAAAACCUUCUACGCCAAAAAGGUCCUUCUCGCCACGCCCCCAGCCUUCUGCUCCCCUUUGUGGACCGACGUCCCCAAAGCCAUCAUCUUCCACCCGCCUCUGCCUCCCCACAAAACCACCGCCAUCAACCGCUACAGCAGACACUGCGGCUUCUUCACCGCUGUGACCUUUUACUUUACCCAGCCAUGGUGGCGCGACGCCGGGCUCUCGGGAUCCAUGGAUUGUCGCGUCACUCGAGACCUAGACGGGCCGAUCUCAUGGGUGAGGGACACGAGUGAAGAGGUAGGUGGCAAGGUGAACACGAAAAAGAAGGUGUGGAGUUUGACCUGCUGGUGCACAGCCGAAAACGCGUACGAAGUCUGGAGUUGGACUAGCAAUACUUACACGCGGGAUGAUGACGAGCCGGAGGAGAUGAAAGGUGGCUGGGAGGCGAAUCCGGUGUGGAUGCAUUUGCUGAGAGUGUUCAAGGAGCGGAUGGAUGCCCUGGAGAUGGAGAUUCCAUUGCCGAGGAAAGGGUCCUUAAAUUGGAAGGAGGAGGAAGAAGAGAGGGAGAGAGAAGAAGGUGCGGGACCACCGAUUACGUACAAUGUGAGAUGGUGGAUGGGGAUGGGGGUUACGCCCCCGAGGGAAUUGCCGAGCAAUGGGGAAGAAUUGGAGGAGCUGUUGAGGACCUGGAAGUAUGAUGGGCCGGGAAAGGGAGAUGCGACGAUGAGAGAGCCGUUUGGCAAUGUGCAUUUUGCGGGCACGGAGACGGCAGAGGAAUGGAGGGGUUUCAUGGAGGGAGCGGCGAGGAGUGGGUUUAGGGGAGCGAAGGAGAUUAUUCAAGCGUUGAAGAAGGGAAACUCCAAGGACGGAGAGGGUGGAAAAAACAAGGUGUUGAAAGCGCUCUUGUAGGUGAGGAUAUGAGUGAGAGAGUUGGAGGAAGGAUGAGGGUUGGGAAGUGACGAGCCGCCUAGAACAGUGAGUGCCCACUACUGGUAGCUCGAGCGGAGUAGAGAGACAACUGGAUAGCCUAGAAAGAAGCACCAGGAUAGAAGCAAGAAGAGAGAAUUGGAGCGUAACGAAGGUCGGAAGUGGUGAUACAUGGCAUGAUACGAAAAUGAAGUCGUGACAAUGGUGACAAUGGCGACGGCGGUGAGUGGCGUAUCCAGCGAGACUGAGAGGCAGCCGCACAAACUUAGACAUCAAAAAGAGACUGUGAAAAUAGCAGAAGCAAGAUCACAAGAUACGUGAAAAAAUGUAGAACCCUGGAUCUUGUGGAAAUGAAGUUUGAUGUUGCGAACUCGGGCUGAAAACCGCCGACUCCGCAUCAUGGAACCACCGGAAGUGCGGGGUAGU